CACUUGGUAACUUUUCGGCGGUGGGUUCGCCGCCCCGCCGGCCAGGUCUGCCCGUCCCCUCCCCGGCCGCGCCGCAGGGAGGACAAGAAUGAUGACCAACUCCCUGUUCCUGGAGCUGUGGCAGUCCAAGGCAGUGUCCAUUCGUGAGCAGCUGGGCCUCAGGGACCAAGCCAAUGACUCUUACUGCUACAACUCGGCCAAAAACAGCACUGUGCUCCAGGGAGUCAACUUUGGUGGCAUUCCUACUGUCCUGCUGAUAGAUGUCAGCUGCUUUCUGCUUUUAAUCUUGGUGUUUUCCUUCAUAAGAAGAAGAUUCUGGGAUUAUGGCCGCAUCGCCCUGGUGUCAGAAGCAGACAGUGAAUCCAGAUUUCAGAGAUUGUCUUCGAUUUCCUCCUCAGGGCAACAAGACUUUGAAAAUGAACUGACACAGAGGUUGGACGCCCAUCUCUCUUCUCUCUGUUUCCAGGGAUGCUGCCCCUGGCUGACCGCCAUCUUCCGCCUACAUGAUGACCAGAUCCUGGAGUGGUGUGGGGAGGACGCCAUCCACUAUCUGUCCUUCCAGAGGCACAUCAUCUUCCUGCUGGUGGUGGUCAGCUUCCUGUCCCUGUGUGUCAUCCUGCCCGUCAACCUCUCAGGAAACUUGCUUGACAGGGACCCUUACAGUUUCGGCAGGACGACAAUAGCAAACCUGCAGACUGACAACGACCUCCUCUGGCUGCACACCAUCUUUGCUGUCAUUUACCUCUUCCUGACUGUGGGCUUCAUGCGGCACCACACUCAGUCCAUCAAGUACAAGGAGGAGAGCCUGGUAAGGCGGACACUAUUCAUCACAGGACUCCCCAAAGAUGCCAAGAAGGAGGCUGUGGAGAGCCACUUCCGGGAUGCAUAUCCCACGUGUGAGGUGGUGGAUGUUCAGCUGUGCUACGACGUGGCCAAGCUCAUACGCCUGUGCGUGGAGAGGAAAAAGGCUGAGAAAAGCCUGGCCUAUUACACAAACCUGCAGGUGAAGACAGGCCAGCGGACCCUCAUCAACCCCAAGCCCUGCGGCCACUUCUGCUGUUGGGAAGUGCAAGGGUGUGAGUGGGAGGACGCCACUUCUUACUACAUGCGCAGAAAGGACAGGCUGCUAGAGAGGAUCACAGAGGAGGAAAGCCAUGUCCAGGACCAGUCCCUGGGAAUGGCCUUUGUCACCUUCCAGGAGAAGUCCAUGGCAACCUACAUCCUGAAAGACUUCAAUGCCUGCAAGUGUCAAGGCCUUCGCUGCAGAGGUGAGCCCCAGCCGUCCUCCCAUAGCAGGGAGCUCUGCACCUCCAAGUGGACAGUCACCUUCGCUGCUUACCCCGAGGACAUCUGCUGGAAGAACCUGUCUAUCCAGGGCCUCCGCUGGUGGCUACAGUGGCUGGGCAUCAACUUCAUUCUCUUCCUGGGGUUGUUUUUCCUGACCACACCCUCCAUCAUCCUAUCUACCAUGGACAAAUUCAAUGUCACCAAACCCAUCCGUGCACUGAAUAACCCGAUCAUCAGCCAAUUCUUCCCGACCCUCCUGCUGUGGUCCUUCUCGGCCCUGCUGCCAACCAUCGUCUACUACUCCACCCUGCUGGAGUCUCACUGGACCAAGUCAGGGGAAAACCGGAUCAUGAUGACCAAAGUCUACAUAUUCUUGAUCUUCAUGGUGCUGAUCCUGCCCUCUCUGGGUCUCACCAGUCUGGAUUUUUUCUUCCGGUGGCUCUUUGACAAAACUUCCGUGGAUGCCUCUGUUAGGUUGGAGUGCGUCUUUCUGCCCGACCAGGGUGCCUUCUUUGUGAACUACGUCAUUGCCUCGGCCUUCAUUGGUAAUGGCAUGGAGCUACUGAGGCUGCCAGGCCUCAUCCUCUACACCUUCCGCAUGAUCAUGGCUAAGACGGCUGCUGACCGCAGGAACAUCAAGCAGAACCAGGCCUUUGAGUACGAGUUUGGAGCCAUGUACGCCUGGACACUGUGCGUCUUCACUGUCAUCAUGGCCUACAGCAUCACCUGCCCCAUCAUCGCACCAUUUGGUCUCAUCUAUAUCCUGCUCAAGCACAUGGUGGACCGGCACAACCUGUUUUUCGUCUACCUCCCUGCCAAGCUGCAGAAGAGGAUCCACUUCGCUGCCGUGAACCAGGCCCUGGCUGCUCCCAUCCUAUGCCUCUUCUGGCUCUAUUUCUUCUCCUUCCUGCGCCUGGGUAUGAAGGCCCCUUCCACCCUGUUCACCUUCCUGAUGGUGCUGCUCACCAUCCUGGUCUGCGUGGCUUACACCUGCUUUGGAUGCUUCAAGCACCUCAGCCCUCUGAACUACAAGACAGAAGAAUCAGCAGGUGACAAAGGAAGCGAGGCAGAGGCCCGUGUGCCUCCACCGUUCACACCCUAUGUGCCCCGGAUACUGAAUGGCUUGGCCUCGGAGAAGACAGCCCUGUCCCCACAGCAGCAACAGACCUAUGGUGCCAUCCACAACAUCAGUGGGACUCUCCCUGGAGACCACUUGGCCCAGAGCCCUGCGGACAGUAUGGCUGCUGCCCACCAGGAGGCCUGAGGGUGGGCCAGGCUCAAGGGAGCCCAGGAGACACAUGUGGAGAAGUGGCUGGAAUAGCCCCAACCAAGCCCAUGACUUCUUUCCAUCUGUUUUAAGCCCUGCUGCUCUGAAAAGAUGGAACCAGAAAGACCAGGGGCUUGGGCCUUUAGCUGAAGGGGAAAGGGUUGAAACUGCCAGCUCAGAGCCACUGGGUGCUGGUGAUAGCAGCUGUGAGGGGAGCACGUGUAGCUCCCUAUCCUCAUCCACCUACAGCUUUGCGUGUUUCCCAGUCCCUCCAACACACACACACAGGCUUCUGGCUGUGGAGCUGGGAUGAUGUCAAGAUCAUGUGUUGGACUUUGCCCCUCAGACUGAUCAGCCCUGAAACUGUAACAGAUAACAAGGGACAGGCCUCCACUAAGCACCAAACACUGCCCAUGCUGUGUAGCACACACACGGCUAACUGAUGACCAAAGAGCUUGCAAUGUCCCCACCCUCAUGUGGAGUCUAGGUGGGAGUCCAGCCCAGAGCCCUCCCCUCAGCUCCCAGGCCUGAUGUGUGAGGAGCAGGGCGGUGCUCCCUACAGUGGCUCCCACCAGCCACACACACCUCCACAUCCUGUGUGGGUCUGUGUUUUUGUGUCAGGGACACUCUGGCUGGGUCAGGGUCAAAGAGGACAAAGUGGACCACGAAUAAAGUGCAUACUGGACCUAACGGGUA